AUGACACGCCACAUAAUUCGCAAAUGUUUGCGAUGCUUCGAGGCUAAACCGACAGGUCCGCCUGACUACCUGAUGGGCAACCUUCCCCGCGAUCGGCUCGUAGCGACUCGACCGUUUGAGAACACCGGCGUAGACUAUUGCGGUCUAUUAUUUAUGAAAGAGAAACGAUUUCGCAACCAAAAACGCCUCAAGGUGUAUGUAGCAGUGUUUAUUUGUUUCGUGACAAAGUCUGUACAUUUAGAAUUAGUUAGUGAUUUGACCACAGAAGCCUUCCUCGCGGCAUUAAAUAGACUUUUUUCAAGACGAGGCAGAUCUAAAAAUAUCUACUCCGACAAUGCUACAAAUUUUAUUGGUGCAAAAAACGAGAUCGCAGAGCUAUUGACGUUAGUAAGAUCAAGGGAUCACGAUGAUCAAGUUGCGCGACAUCUAGCUAACGAAGGAAUAGUAUGGCACUGUUCACCACCCAGGUCACCCCAUUUUGGUGGUUUAUGGGAAGCUGCUGUGAAGAGUUUCAAGCACCAUCUAAUAAGAACCGUUGGAGACACUUUGUUGACGUAUGAACAACUAAACACGUACGUAGUUCAAAUUGAAGGCACCCUCAAUUCUCGUCCCCUAACACCCCUUUCGUCCGAUCCAAACGAUCUGCAAUCGUUAACACCUGCUCACUUCCUAAUCGGUGAGUCAUUUACUAGUCUGCCUGAACAUGAUUUCACGACUAUUGUGACGAAUAGGUUAUCUCUGUGGCAACAUAUACAGCGUAUUAAACAACACUUUUGGACGCGCUGGCAUAAACAGUACUUAAACGAAUUAAGUAUUCGUAGCAAAUGGAAGAUUGGAGCCUCCGAUGUGAUCAAGAUGGACAUGCUGGUACUCCUUCGACACGAAACGCUACCAGCGAAGCGAUGGCCGUUGGGGCGGAUCAUGGAGAUCCAUCCGGGACAUGACGGUGUUGUAAGGGUAGCGACCGUUAAAACCGCGAAUGGACUGUACAAAAGAAGUGUAAAGAAACUGUGUCCUUUACCAACUCAAGUAGCUUAA